UCUUUUGACUAAACGUUGUCAUUUGAUCGGCUUCAUGCCUACGCGCCUAGACCGAAAAGGAUCAUGGGGAUAACUAAUUAAUGCACAGCUACAAGGUGCGAGUUUCGCGGAUAAUCAAGUGUCCUCUAUUUAUUGCACAAUGGAGAGCAAACUACACGUUUGUCUUCGCGUUUUGCGAAAAGAAAAUAAGAGUCGUUUCUCAUCAUAUUCUAUCAAGGAUGUCCCAAAUUUCGAUAACGUGCAGGCGCUAAAGGAUUACCUGCUUGAGCGCUGUUCAGACGAGUUAUCGCCGGCUACAGAUAGUAGCUUCCAAAUAGGCUACUUUGGGGACAAGAGUAAGAAAUUUAGCAUUUCUAAUCCAGUACAACUUGCUGAGGCACUAUCUAUGGCAAAGAAAGGGAUGGUAACAUUAUGGGUGGAUCCCCAUGGAGCUAGUACAAGUAAAAUGCCUGGGAAAAAGCGUAAAGCCAGUCAGUCUGAUGAAGAAGAAGAAGACCCAUAUGAGAUUUAUUUAAAAAAACUCAGAGAAAAACAUGGUUCGAAUCUGCCAGAGUUUAAAAUAAGAUGUUGGGCAAGAAUGCUAGUGUAUCGGUAA